CCUCGCCUACGUACGUACAUACCUGCCUACUCGUACACAACAUGACGUCGCCGACCUCGACGCCCAUUGGCCACGGCACAAAGCGCCUUCCUCUAAUGAGCGCCCUCCUCGUUUCGAAAACUACCCGAUUAUGGCUCAUACUGUUCAAUGCGUACUGUAAGGUUCUCUGCCGGAAUGCUCCCCCGUUCCGUCACCACGACGCAGCUGCUGCUCCAACCAGGACUGCACUCGUGACCCCACGCUACGACCUCCAGGCGGCCGUUGUCUCCGCCUCAGUCUCUCCUCUACCGCUGCUUCUGCGCACGUGCUUCGCUCCUUCUCCCAGCACCUGGUGACGUCCGAGUGAAUGGAUAACGGCCGCUACCCGCCCGAGGGCUCCAGCUCCAGAGAGGCAAAGGUGGCCAUACCAAGAAUUCCCGGCCAUGGAUACCAGAUGCCGCCUGCCACACGAACACCUCGAGCCCGCACCGAAGUAGUGAACAAGGCUUGCACGCAGUGCCGUAAACGAAAGAUCAAAUGCUCUGGCAAUCGUCCGCAAUGUAUCAACUGUCAACGGCAGGACCAUGAUUGUCACUACGACCUGGAGCGCAAGGACCGCCUCAAAGGAGCCCAACGCAAAUCGCACGCCUUGACUGCACUCUUGAUUGAAGUGAGCAGCCAGCUUGACGAUGAGAGCAAGAAGAGAGUUGAGGAUACCUUGGCAUCCUUCGAAGACGACACGCCGCCUCCUCCACCAACCCCUGCCCUCUCUCAUGGCAAGCGUGCAAGAAGAGCCUCAUCCACUCCUGCCAAUGACGACGCUCUGAGCGCCACUUCUGUAGAUGGCGGGGAAGCUCACGUCUCAGCUUCGGUCGGCUCCAAUGAAGACCUAGACUUCGUUCAGGAAGACCUUCUCAACACGGAUGCGGCAGACAACACGGGCUACAUGGGUCACAACUCGCACGUUCAGUGGCUGCGAGCCCUUGAGACCAAGAUUGAACAGCCCGAAGGUGAACCUGCUGAUAUGCCAUACGGGCCGCCAGGAGCUGACGGCGACGCCUUUAACAAGCGUGCUGAAGCCCUCCACGGCCGUCAACGGCUCAACCACGGUCGCCCACCUAUCCAUCAAGACAAGUUUUCUGGCUACUACUUCUACCUCGACAAAUCCAACAUCGACAUUGAUGUUGGUGAUCCACACGUCAUACCCUCUGUUGAGACUGCCGAGAGGCUGUUCGAUUACUACAAAGCAUACGUUCACAGCCCAUUCCCCAUCCUAGGUGACACGUUCGAAGCUCAACUGAAAACGUACUUUGCCAAAGACCAGGGUAGCCCUACGCUGAUUGUCUGUCCAAAGUGGAAAGCUGUUAUGAAUCUCGUCUUCGCUAUUGGUGCACGCUAUUCUCAUCUCAUCGGUGCAGAAUGGCGAGCCGACGACCGUGAUCACUUAGUGUAUAUGUGGAGAGCAGUACAUCUUCUGCAGCUUCAAAGCAUCGAUACUCUCGUUGCACAGCCAGACCAAGCGCUGAUUCAGGCAUUCGGACUUCUCUCUUUUUACUACCUCACAAUAGGUCAUGUAAGCAGAGCUUGGUACAUGGUUGGCAUCGCCCUUCGACACGCACAGGCCGCAGGCCUGCACCUCAGACACGAAGAUCCUUCCAUGUCUCCCAAGAGGAAGAAGGCACUAGCCCAGAUUUGGUGGUCACUUUACUCCAUUGAAUGCGUCCUUACUUGCAUAACUGGACGUCCUCGCACUGUAAGCGCCAUUGACUGUACAGUACCGCCACCAGGCGCGAAGGGUACUGAAAUGGAGACGGCAUCUCGUGAAACCACUACAUCAGCUGCAGUCAGAAAGGGAUCCGACUCUUCUGCCGGCGAGCCCACAAUCACGACCAGCAUAGAUCUGUUUGACGUAGCCUACGUCAGGAUCGAUAUCCUCAUGGACAAGAUUCUGUCUGGCUUAUACUCCGCACAAAAGUCCGCCAAGUCGUGGAAGGCUGCUCAAAAGGAGAUUGCUUCGUUAUCUGACGAGUUGGAAGCCUGGGCUCUGCAUUCUCUGGUUCAGGGCCCCACAGCAGCAACCGAUCCUACAUCGGAGAACAACUUGAGUCGAGAACAGCUGUUGCUCUAUAUCUACUACCAUAACGCUAAAAUCUGCAUCACUCGGCCCUGCCUCUGCCGGUUAGACCUGCGCAUAAAGGGACAGAGCGAACAGUCGACUCGAUUCAACCAGAAAUCUGCCGAGGCUUGCAUAGGUGCAGCUCUAGACAUCACCUCCAUGCUGCCAGACCCUCCAAACCCUGCAUGGUUUUAUGAGCACGGCCCAUGGUGGUGUGCUGUUCACAUAAUUAUGCAAGCCCUUACAGUCUUGCUUCUUGAGUUGUCAUUAGAUGGUAUUCAUUUAACGGUCGAAAAGUCACACAUUACAGCCUGCGUUGACAAGCUCAUAAGAUGGUUGAGUUCAAUGAAGUCGGUCGACGCAGUCAGCGAGAGCGCAUACAACGUCGUGGCCAGAGUCAUGAACAAGCAGACCAAAGAAGAAGCGGCUCAUCGGCGAUUACCUCAGCCACAACCGACGGAUCAGUACCAGAAACAGCAAGGUGUAGAGGACAUGGCCUUUGACCUACAGCAGCCAUAUCAGCCGUACAGUCAACCUCUUGCGUUGCAACAGUCAGGUGUUGCAUGGCCAAGCGCUGACCCUAUGAACAGCAACAUCUAUUCGCAGUCCAACACAGGCAACUUCUAUCUCUACGACGUUCCUGGAACUGGGUAUUUGAAUGAUCCAACUGCGGGGCUGACGGACUUUGGUCAGCCACUGAAUCUGUUCUAUGGAAAUACCUACGAGUCGACUUUCGAUCAGUGGGAAUGGGACCCGGCCGCUUUUCUGGAUCCAGAUCACCCGCCAGGUCAGGGUCAGGAUCAAAGCGGGUACCAAGGGGGUCAAGGUAAUCAAGGAUAUGAAGGAUAUGAAGGAUAUGAUCCUGGUGGCGGCUAGGUGUGUCGCGUACACUCACCAGCAUUGUGAAUGGAAGACAUAUGAAAAUUGCUCCUCUGGGCACAUUCGUUCAGAACAAAAUAGAGAGAGAUAGAGACAACGACGUUACUGAGCAAUCAGCAACUGUAGUCUCCUUGUACAACAUCAGAAAAAGCAUAUAGUAUACCACACAAAUGCUACUAAUUUACCAGGCUUACUGUUACUCCCACAGCCAUAAACUGUGUCCCAAUGUUGGUGCCGUUUCCUGUCUUGGCACACAUGUCUUGGAUAAUAAAGAUGGCCUCAGGAUACUUGUCACCCUUCAUGUUAUGAC